AUGUUCCUUCCAGAUGGUAUUUAUCAACAACACUCUUCGGUUUCGUUCGCGCGAAAGGGUCCGGCGCCCAAGGAUGAUACCCACCCUCAAAUGGGUGAUCAUGAAGACCCUCCAAAGCUAAAGAUAGACAAGGGCUUUAAUGGUGACUCGUCUCAGAAGCAAAAAACCGACGCCAGCACGUUCUACGAAUACGGGGUGAAGGAUCUAUUUUCCCCAGUGGUUUUCCAUCUAAGUGCCUUCGGUAUCUUGUGGAGCAGAUUCUAG